GUAGCAACGUUUUCGUGUUCAAGAACCGGUAUCCGGACCUUUGGUGUGUGCGUGUGUCUGUCUGUGUGUGUCUGAGAGAACGUGCUAUACAUGUAACGUGUGUUUUAGAAGUUUAAAUACAAUUUCAGCUAUGUUUGGUUUAAGUGGACUUUCGGUGGCUCUUGUUUUCGCUUUAGUGCCGAGCAGUAGCGAGGCUUUAAAAGAGGGAGAGUGUGAAGUAUGUUUAAGCUUUCUGGGGAAGUUUUACCAGUCACUACAAGACAAUAAUGUACAGUUUACCAGUGAUGCCAUUGAAAAGGCUCUAGUCAAAGCCUGCAAGGAUGCGAAAGGAAAGGAAAAUCGAUUUUGCUACUAUAUCGGAGCAACGAGCGACGCUGCUACAAAAAUCAUUAACGAGGUCUCUAAACCGUUGAGUUACCACGUGCCGGUGGAGAAGGUGUGCGAAAAGCUCAAGAAAAAAGACAGUCAGAUCUGUGAACUGAAGUACGAUAAACAAGUGGACUUGAGCACAGUGGACCUAAAGAAGCUGAAGGUGAAGGACCUGAAGAAGAUUCUGGAUGAAUGGGGAGAGUCUUGUAAGGGCUGCGCGGAGAAAUCAGAUUUCAUCCGUAAGAUCACCGAGCUCAUGCCCAAGUACGCCCCGAAUGCAGCCAAGGCACGGACAGACCUGUAAACUCUCUGUGGACUUGUGGGACCAAAGGAGCAGCUAAGAGCAUCGUGGGUGUGAUUUCUGCGCUGAUGGGGAGCGUGGUUUUGUUUGUAUUGCCUGUUAAUCUAGUGGUAAACAUGAAGAUUGUGACCUUUCAUCCAUUCAUUCUUUUAAGGCACACUGUACUGUCAAUAUUAGACAACACUGUACUGUUUCAACCCAGAGUUCAUAUAUAAUAUAAUAGCAACUCUCCUGAAUAACAUACACUUUACUUAUAGUGUUGACUUGCAUAAAUGCUUCAGAUGCUAACAUGGACUUCAAAUCAACUGGGUUUAACUGGUUAUUAAUUCAGAAAUGUGAUCAAAUGUCUGUUAUACAUAUAUAUUAUACAUAUUAUAUAUAAAUGGAUCCUUUUAUUAGAUUGUUUAGCAAAUGGGGCCAAAGCUUACCAGAAAAAGCUGAGUUUGCACGCAGGUGUGCAGCGAUAAUGAUUCACUAACUUUCAUGCAAAACAAUCAUAAUGCAGAAGUCAGCUAAACUUUGAGUUGAAACAGACUACAGAAACUGAAAAAGUUUAUACCUAGACAUGAUGGGUAAGAUCACAAACCACUGUCACCCUGUAGUCACCUAUAGUUUCUUUUCAAAUGGAAUAGUUUUUUUUUAUUUGUCUAUUAUAUGGAAGAGGAUGUGGGAGAAUCCAAACUGAUUCAAGUCACGUUGACGUCAGUGUAAAACAUGUUUAUUAAGGUUGUACUAUACUUUUUCAUUAAAAUAAGAAAAUGGC